CAUGCCCUUCACAAACAGCGGAUUGAAUGGAAUUGAAGCUUUUGUCGUGGCAAGUAGCCCCGUCCCGUCCCGUGCCCCCUUCCUCUCCCACACAUUCCCUUCGGUCUGGUGUCCUUCGCCCGAGGCUAUGGCCGAUUAUCAUAUUCUGUAAUCCGGUAGGCGGAUGGUUUGGUAGUCGAUCGGGGGCGGUAUCGCUGUAGCUUCGAUUUCUUGGCAGAGGGGUUGGGUUUUUCCGAGGCGUAGAAGGACGGCGGUUGUUUCUUGGCAGGGGAAGCAUUUUGCCGAUGGAUGUGGCCAUUCUCCUCCUUGCAGUGGACAAGCGAUGACAUUAGGUUUUUGAAGUGUUGAGGAGGAGGACGCAGGAGGUUCGAGAGCUGGAGGAUGGAAUUGGGAGCUUCCAGGGCACAUUGAGAUUGGUCGUUGGUUUUCUCUGAUUUUAUCUACUUCCAGUUCGAGGUGCUGGCUGGAGUGGAGUGUGGGAUGCUGUUGAGGGCAAAGAAGCUCAGGGGUUCGCUCGCAGGGGUUUCGGAUUCCUUCGACGGGUGAAGAGUGAUCUGCUGCAUUCGCAAAACCCCCCCACUUCUUCCCAGGCCGGAGAAUGGCGGCCUCUCGUCAGGCUUUGAACUCCUCGACCAUGUCUAUCUCUGCGAACUGUGGAGAUUUCAGGAGAAUUCCCAAUUCCUGUUCGGCCUCGUCAUCCUGCACCGUUUCAUAUGCUCACGCGUUCACGUUUUUGGACAGCCCUGGCAAACAACGUCAAAUUGCAUGGUGCAAAAGUGAUUGCCUUUCUCCCACUCAUCUGCAGUGUGCGGGGUUGCCAAUAGUGAGGGCCGACCACAAUCUAUCAAGAAGGAUCGGUAUUCAAAUUUGUAAGAACGGAUUACGAGGGAGUGUUUUUAGGAUACCUCUGGCAUCAUCAGCUCUCAACGAAUUUGGGGGCAAGAGACGUUCGUCUCUUAGGGUUGAAUGCUCCUCUUCAGAUGCAAGUGCGGCAGGUGAACGAACGGACACUUCUAUCGAGCUACCUCUAUUUCCCCUUCCUCUCGUUCUCUUCCCCGGGGCCAUUUUGCCUCUCCAGAUUUUUGAGUUUCGCUACCGCAUUAUGAUGCACACUCUUCUGCAGACGGAUCUUCGAUUUGGAGUUGUGUACACAGAUAAAGCGUCUGGAUUGGCUGCCGUGGGCUGUGUCGGGGAGGUGGUCAAACACGAGAGGCUUGUUGACGAUCGAUUUUUCAUGAUUUGCAAAGGUCAGGAAAGAUUUAGAGUCAUAGACAUAGUGAGGACAAAGCCAUACCUAGUUGCCAAAGUGCAGUGGCUGGAGGAUAGACCAUCGGAUGAACAGGAGGACGUGGAAACGCUGGCAAACGAGGUCGAAUCUUACAUGAAAGAUGUCAUUCGCCUGUCAAAUCGAGUCAAUGGGAAGCCAGAGAAAGUAGCUCCCGAUGAUUUGCGGAAAAAACUCUUUCCAACUCCUUUUUCGUUUUGGGUCGGAAGCACAUUCGAGGGAGCCCCUGUCGAACAACAGGCUCUGCUCGAGUUGGAAGAUACUGCACAGCGUCUCAAAAGAGAGAAGGAGACCUUGAGGAACACUUUGAAUUAUCUUAGUGCCGCAUCGGCUGUGAAGGAUGCCUUCCCAUCAGCAGAGUAACCACUUGUCCUUUCGUACUCGUACACGGUGAAAUGAGAGUAGGCUAGAGCGAUGUGUAGUGCAAGCGAAAUUUGUAAAAAGUGUAUUCUUGUUAGUGACAACAGAUCCAAGUUUUUGAGAAACAGUUCUGACUAUAGGAGCUCAUAGGAGGCAAGCCCGACUCUUUAAUCCGCCAUACUCUGUUUAUUGGUAAGGAUUCCUUACGUUGGUGUAAAAAUGAGAAGCUUGUCUUUCUCUCUUAAAAGGAAGGUACCGAUCGCACGAAACGGAGAGAACACUCGAUGAUCAUGAGACUGUCUGGUUUUUGCUUGUAUUAUAAACCAGGACUCAAAGGAUUUGCCCAGGGUGCUCCAGGGUAUUGUCUCCACUGCAGAUGGACAGUCUAGUCGUAUAAAAUUUCAUUGUACAGUAUUCUGAGAAGGCACACCUUUCACUGUUGUGGAAAGUGAUUUUUAUGAAUUUCCUAUCCAAGAUGAUGGGGCUUUGAGUGUGCUCAAUAGGAGAUUCAUACACAUCCACAAACUUGUGGUGUCCUUUUCUGCCUGACCGUGGGACCAGACCAACCCAUAGCCUGAGCUUCUGAUGUCAGUCUUUUCCGUAAGAGUAGGCAUGUUCUUGACUUAACAGAUCAUGAAGUUCGGUGCCAAAUUGUGUCCACUUGCACCUGUUUGUGCUCGAAGACACAAACAAGUGGUUAUGACCUCCUUUCAGACUUGGAAGUAGUGAUUUACAUUUAAGUUGAAUACCCUUUUUUGUAAACAAAUUGAAGCCACAGAAAGUAGUGAAACACGCAGGUUUUUUUGGGACAGCUGUUUAUUGAUUGCAUAUAAUGAAAAAUGUGACGAACAGAAGAGGUUUUCCAAGGGACACAGAUGCUCAACCUAUUUCAUUCUCAGGGACUGUUCCCUUGGAUGAGACGAUCUUGUCCUUCUGUGGAUGACAUCCGAAAACCACUACGGCUCCAGUUGUUCAGAAUUUCGUGCAUACUCUGUACAUUUUUUGUACAUCAUGGUGAUGAUCACUUUCACCUCCGUGAAGGGAUUGUCGCUUUACCGCGGUCGAUAGCGGUGAACUUAACUCUAGGUUACAAAUUUGUCAUCUGCAAGAAGGUUUGAUCGUCAUAUGUGCUGUCGUUAGGAUAUAUGAGCCUUAGUAAUAUUUGCACCUUAUGACAAUCAGCGGAUGAAUACAAAUGAGUUCAGCUACUUAGAGGGACUCAGGAAAGCCCGGUGUGUCCAUCGAUGAAUAAGUGAUUCUAUGUUAAUUUAGCACCAUAAAAGGUUAGCUAAUGACAUUUAGUACAUGGCACUCUGAGCAGGAAUAACUAUUCCGGCUCAGAGUGACUCGAUGGACGACCGUUAAUCUCAUCUUCGU